AUACAGGUUUUCGCGCGCUAACUUUACUAUACAGCACUGCAUCAAGACAGGACAAAAAUUUUUGGAAAAUAAUGCCUAGAAAUCAACAGAAUGAUACUGAAAGGCACAAAGAAGUGAACCAAUGGAUUUUUAUUGCUCCAGGUAAAAAAUGCCGCUUUGAUACGCAUUUAGACGAUGUCUUCUUUUCACUGAUCAAACAUGCAUGCCGGUCAUGCAUACAAAGGUUUCGCAAAGUAUUGUGCUUUUAAACUUAGAAAAAUCGGAGCUAAAUCUAGACUGCGAGCAGUCUCGCUUUUGCUCAAAAAUCUGUGAGUGAUUGCAAUCUAUGUGUGAGUAUUAAUAUACCGCUCUCGCUCACAGAUUUUCGAGCAAAAGAGGGACUGCUCGAUGUCUAAUCUACAGGAAACUUAUAUCCAGCUUGAGGGUGAAGCAGUAACAGGAUUAGUUGGGGCAAAAUUUCGGUAAGAUUUCCGCACAGCCCCAUACAUUUAUUAUGCAUAAGCUUAUAUGUUUGGACUUUGAAAGAGUGCAUGAGAUUGUCGCAUGUAUGCAAAAUGAAUAUAUGGGGUAAGCGAAAAUUUUACCCCUUGUACAGACAAUCAAGGGCUCCAUGCUCCAUAGCUUUAACUUUAACUUUAUUACAUAUCACACUCUUGGAAAAAUACAUGAGAACAACCAAAUCCGGGUGCUUAAAUGGCCUAAGGAAAAGAUUAAAAGAUUUGUUCAACUCGAUCCAAGCUAAACAGCUUGAAAGCUGAAGCAUCUACAGUAGCAUGUACCUGUCCCUCCCCUCCCCUUCUAUUCAAUCCUUCAAAAGGUCAUUGAUCUCUAAAGGCAUAGUUUCUCAGCUGUUAUAUGAUGCAGAUACAUCAAAAUCCCAGGGAGAGGGGAAGAGUUUAUUGAAUAACCGUGCACAAAAUCAGUGGUAGAUCCAGUGGGAGAUUCCAGUUUGUCUUGAUCUCUCUAAAUGCACCCAUCAGAACAGGAAUUUCAGUUAAAAAUCUUAUGACUGAGUGCAUUAAAACUGGUUUUAAUAUCCCUGAUUGGUUGCAUGUUCACCAGAAAAUAAUGUGUAAUGACCAAAAAAGGGUAGUUGUCAACAAGCUAAACAAUCAAUAUAGGUUUGGACCCCUCUAAUGAAAAAUUCCUGUAUCUGCCCAUGAAAAUUAUGGGUGUUUAUGCAAAAUCCAUAGUGAAUCUUUGUUAAUACAGAUGCUAAAGAAUCUGUAUUAUAGAGACAUGUUUGUUUUAUAGGUGUACAAGACAACUUAUUUCACAUUUCUCAAUUUCUUGAUUUUACAGUUUUUUGUAUACUAUAAUAAUUAUUUUGCAAAAGAAGCCUUUUAAUAUAACGGUACAAUUUUAAAAAAAUAAGGAAAAAGUAAAUAAAUGUUGAGGGUUUAAAUAAGCCUUUGGAAUGGAGGAAUAAAGAAAGUUCCCAUCUUAAGGACAACGAAAACUGUCUAUAAUAGCAAGAUAUCUGAAAUAAAGAAGAUUUACGGUAAUAUUCCACUCCCUGUGUAAUCCAAGAAAGACUAAGCUUGGAAGCUGUCAUGGAUAACUAAUAUAAAUUUCAAUGAUCAAAUUUUCUUCCCCAAAGUCUUGGAAAGAGGCUUUUUUAUACUGUUUAUCAGUCAGCUUAAGGUGUAUUACAUGUUAAGCAGUGUGAUAUAAAAAGUAAAUUGGCCCGUGUUUCAUUGUACAGAAAAUGCUGUUUGUGCUCCAGAAGGUGAAGAUACAGAAUCAGUUUUCAUAAAGAUUCCACAUCCAAAAACAGGUGAUUAAAGAUUAGUUUACCCUUAUUGAGGUGUGCAGUUAAACCUUGUGAUUUGUUUGCUGAGGCUGUGCGAAUUUUUUUGUCCGGUCUAUUUGCCGGUGUACUGCCAUUAAGCGCUCGAGAUUCCAUGUUUAUUUAUUAUAUGUGCUGGUAUCUAAUCUGUAGAGUACUCCUUGUCUUAUUAAAUCUUUUGCCUAGUCAGUGUGGCACUUAAUACAAAAAUAAUGUACAUGUUUUCAGGGGUGGUGCUUUUAACAAAACUUCUCAUUUGCAAAUUAUUAACACAGUAGAACAUAAUCUUUCUUGCUUUUUCUUUGCUUAGUUUUAAUUGAUAAAAUAAGAACAACAAAAAAACAUAAACAAAAAUGUAGUUUUGUGAGCAUUCAGAAUGUAAAGACAAAACACACACCAAAAAAACAACAGCAACAAUAAGUAAUGCGUUGUUGCCUGGAGGGUUACUAGUGCAUACAAUCACUGUAUUUGCAGUGGAAGUUAUAAAUAGUUUUGCUCCUAAUGUAAUGCUUCAACAAUUGUGACACUCAUUUCAGUGAAGUCAUCUUUCACAUAAAUAUGAGACUUUAUAACUUCGUCUGUUCCUUUUUUAAGGUAAAGAAUUGCAGUUUCUUCUAUCUCACAGUGGAGAUAAGGUCUUUGAAGUACUGCGCUUUAAAGAAGAACCAAGAUCAUGGUUUGUAGAAGAUUCUAUCCAGAAAGGCAAGUGCAAUGUACCAGAAAACUCACGGUGUAGUCUCAGUGUCUUCAGUUGCAGUUAAAUGCCAUUCAACUGAGUUAACAUCAAAGAGAUGCAUUGCAUUGUCCAAAUGCACUCUGACAUUAUUAUUUUCUUUUUUAGAUGGAAGUCUCCAUGUCAUAACACCUAUAGAUCCGCUUUUCCUCAUUUUACCAUACCUCACCAAAUUUUCACAGAAGGUAAGAUAAGCCUUAAAGGCAGUGCAGCAUGCAAAGAAUAUCGUGUCCGAUAGCCCGGGGCUUGUUGAUUUUGCUAUAGGGCUAGUGAUUUUUGCUCUUAACUUGCCCGACAGGCAAGUGCUGUUUUUUGGGGAAAUUCAAAUUACAGAAGGAUUGUAAUCAAUCCUGCUAAUCAAAAAGGGUUUUGGGGCUAGCUAAAAUGACUUGUGGGCUGGUACAUGCCAGCUGCAGCUUACCCGAAUGACAGGCUGUAAAACUGACUUUCUUUACACCCUGCAGUGACAACAAUUUUUGAACGACAAAUGUUACAACUCUUGUUCAACAAGAAAAUGUUUAACAAAAUAUAUGAUCUGACACUGAAUGCCGUCAGAGAAAGGGCCAUUCGAUGUUGUUUUUUUCUACAACUUGCAACUUACUGAACAACAACAGCAGCAACAGUGUUAAACUGUUUCACACUAGCUUAAAUUUCACAGUGUACAGUGGUACACCUUAACUGAUUGUUUGAGAGACAAACUAGGCAGACAUCAUUAUUUUGCAGUUGUGCCAUAGAUUUCUGAGUCGUCUUCAUUAAAAUUAUUUUCUUUUGUCUUUGGUAUGGUAAAUGAUAAUAAGACUGUAACAAAGGAAAUGAAAUUCACACUCAGAAUAAUAUAGAACCACAACAUAAUUAUACAUUUAAGGUGCAACAAAAGUACUGUCCAUUAGCCUGGGACUACUAGAGCAAACCUCUGGGUUGCCAUUUUUUAAUUGUGAGUUGUCCUACGGGCAAGCAGCAUUUACCAAGGUAAAGUACAUAAAAAUGUGUACAUAAAUGUUAAAAACAAAUGGGGUUGGUAGGCCUGCACAGCUGCUCUGGGCUAGUACUGACUUCAAGACUUUAUCAUAAAUUUUCUAAAGAAUACUUUUACAAGUGUCCUGGCUCCACAAAUAGCUGUACUGUACUUUAAGCAAAUAGUACAAUAGUACUGUACUUUAAGCAACAGCCUGCCCUAGGUGCAAGCGAUUUUUUUUUUCAUCAUACCCUAACAUUGUACAACUUUGUAAACAACAUGCCUACCAUAUUAUACUUUUUUCAUGUGAUUUUUAGUUUACUACUCUGGAGCAGUUACUUGUUGAUGAAAAACACCCAUCUAUUGGUACACUGACUGGCUGUAUAUCCCCUGAUGAGCUCCUCAAUAUCUGUGAUGUCAAGGGAGAUGAUGAUCUCCAAGUUUACAGGCUCAAUAAUGACAAGACAAUUGCAUGGUUAAAGACAAAGGUAUACUAAGAUGUUGAAUUACUAAUAGAUCACCUGGCAGAUCAGUUGACUGUCUUUGUCUUAAUAAUGUCACACAAGGGAACCCAGCACAUGGAAAGUGGCUUUGUUUAAGUCUGACUGUCACUAAAUUUUGAAAUAGGAUGGGAAAUGGGAUAAAAGAGGUAUGGAUUUGACAUUUUCACACUUUGACAACAUAUCAUGUUUUUCUCCUUAGUAGCCAGUGCUCAAAAUCCCUGCUUCCUGUCCCUUAAAUUGUUAAAAGCCCUGAAAGGAAUUCAGAAACUAGAAACAUAGCAACCAGACACCAGAAACUCUGAUGAAGGGUCUAUACCCAGAUCUGGAUGUGCUUAUUGGUUGAAAAUUUGCUUUAUCCAAUCAGAAGCACUGCCCACAUUUGGGUAUUGUAGCGUCACUUGCAUGGAAUUUCUGCACUGUCUCCUCAGACAUCAUUUCAUGGAGGAAACCAGUGAUGGCAUCGUAAAUUGGCUGCUGUUUUCUUAGGCUAUUAGUACAUGUAAUUACGUGAGCCAAUCUAUGGAGAACAACUUUUCUUGUUAAUUUCCAUGUCAGGUUGAACAGACUGCUGAUUGUGUGUCAUCAAGUGGUGUUCAUGUAUCUAAGGGUUCACAAAGUGCAACGUUUGUACGAAGCAAAAGACAUUCUGAUGCAUCAAGAGGUACCGUUCAUUAAUGAUGAUGGCUGAAUAUUAAGCUCUUUUUGUGGGGUUUGAUUUGCUGGUGCAGGUAAUGGUACAAUUGAAGCUGCCAGGAUUAGGGUUAGGGUUCCAGUGACAGGACCUUUAUUAGGUAGCUACAUAACUUAACAUAACUUUAUUAUUUAAAUAACGCAAAAUACAUGGGUAUAUGAUCUAAUGUGCUUAUUUAUAGCAGAGAGAUUUUUAAACAAUGCAUGUGAACUAACUGGAAGGGGACUUUUGUAUUCUUAGCUAGUGGUUUUGCCCAAAUUUUCAGGCAAGUUGUCUCUAUAACAGUAAUGAUACUUAGCAAUACAAAUUUGGUAGCAUUGGGGUAUAUUAAAAGGAAUAAGGCCUCAUCUCUGGUUGACAUGCCCAGCUCUAAAACACCCUAAUGCUUUAGUUUCCUAUUGACACCUACAUUUACACAUCCUCAAAUUAAACCCUCUGAGCUAUGAUGCCUUCCUCACAGAACUUGCCAACUUGACAUGUACUUACUGACCUUGGUUUUGCAAACAUGGUAAACUUAAGUGACUAUGGUGUAAAGUGUGCAGAAGCUACCUCUCCUGCUCUGCAUAAGUGUUAAUCCCUGAUCAUGGUACUAAGCUAAGUGUGAUAUUAGGUUAAUUAAAAUGAAUAUUGCAAAGUACAAUAAAUAGACAAAAAUAAUAAAGUUUGAAGCACAUAAUUAAGUAUUUGCAGGGUUCCAAGUAAAAUCACUUUUACAGCUUGUCAUUCGGGCAAGCUGAAGCUAGCAUUUACUAGCCCAGACGUCAUUUCAACUAGCCCCCAAAACGUUUUGACUAGCAGAAUUGAUUAACAAUUCUUCUGUUAUUUGAAUUCCUCAAAAAAUAUCACUUGCCCGUUGGGCAAUUUAAAAACAGAAUUCACUAGCGCGAUAGCAAAAUCCACUAGCCCCAGGCUAUCGGACACUACUUUCUUUGCACACUGAAAUUUAUUAUUUAAUAAUUUUGUUUUCAGGCGACUAUGUUAGAUAUGCCUUUGGUUUAGUGUCUGACUAUCUAUCUUUGCAAUGGAGUGAAAGUCUUAAAGAGUCUUUAAGGUAAGGAAAUGUUUACAGACACUGUAAAAGAAGCCGCUGGUUACUUCGAGCUUUUACCAGUAUUUGUCUUAGUAAUGUGAUUGAUUGAUCGACCAGUCAAGUGACAUUCUGCAGUGAUAGGUUUCAAUUUCAGUCAGACCAUCAAAAAUGAACCUUUCCUGUGACCAUCUUUAAUUUCUUAACAACUGGCCUGCAUAACAGGCGUUUUUUUGUGUUUUUCAGGCGAACGAAGGCAACUCAAGUUGAGCUAGGAGUGCCAGACAUAACACAUUUUUCCUGCACCUUUUCCUGUUGCAUGUCUGGCACUCCUCCCUCGCUUCAUGCAUGCCCUUGCUCACCUGAAAAGCACUAAAAAAUAAUGCAUGUUAAGCAGAUUAUUUAACAGCAGACAGAUGGCAACUGCUUCAGGGCAUUCAUAUGCUGGCAUCUGAACUAUUUCUCAUGACAGGGCUUUAAAAAAGUCCCAUCCAUUCCAGUAGUCGGGGACAAGUACAUUUUCUUGCUGAGCGAGCAACUUUAAAAGCUUACUUGCCCAAAGCUUAGGGUUCAGGCCAAACAUCCUGACUCUCACAAAAUCAUUAACUGAGACACAUAAAAAGUGGCCCAGGUGAACCAAAAUGUGGAGCUGUUUGCCCAAAAGACCAGCUUGAAUUUAAGUGUUUUUCAAGCUCUGCUUUAGUGCAUAAAUUAUAUUUAGCACAAAGCCUCUUCUGUGGUAAUAAUAUUUUGUACUAUGUGUUUUGUACAUACAAAAGCAUCAAGUAUCAGUCCUUAAGCUUAGUUAAUUCCUGAUUGUGUUGUUUUAGUAUUACAGAUGAUGCUCAACUCUCCUCCCCUGAGGCACCUCCUACAAAGGUGAGAGUUCAGUGUUUAGUGCUUGUUCCAGAAUGUAACUGCAAUAGGGACAACUACAGUAUCCCCACAUCCUAGUUGAUAUUUUGACGGCGGCCGACAAAGCCUUGGUUCCCAGGUAAAAAGUCAGGCGGGAUCCUGGUGGGAUCCUGCUAAUCCCACCUGGGAUCCCGGGUGGGAUUAGCGGGAUCCCGCCUCUAAUGGCGGGAUCCCGCCAUUCCCACCUGGGAUCCCGCCUAAAACACGGGAUUUUCGCAUCCCACCUGGGAUCCUGGGUGGGAUCCACACAUCCCACCCGGGAUCCUGGGUGGGAUUCACAUAUCCCACCCAGGAUCACACAUUGUCACCCAGGAUCUUUACAUACAUCCCACCUGGGAACAUUGGGGUAAUUUCACAUGUACGAUCCCACCUGGGAUUUUAGAAGAUUUAUUCAUACUUGCAAAAGUUAAGUCAAACUUAAUUAAGAAGACUUUUAACAGCCAUGUAGGUUAUAUAUAAUUCUGUGUUAAACAUAUCUUAGCAAGCAGUCUAAUUAACUUAUUAUUCUACAUUUCUGCAUGUGGAGUUAAAAAUACGGCUGGAAUUUAUCGUCUUCCUGUACCCAAUUUAAUUUCAAAGGACAACUUAUUGUAUUAAAUUACAAAUGUUUUUUUAUAAGCAGAAAAUGACACCAUCGUUCAUAAAUUGUCCUGUACAUACAUGUAAAAAUAACUUUCAACAAAACAAUAUUUAUUUUAUACAAACACACAAAAAGCAUACUUCCAACGUAAAAAGCAGUGUUUAAAACUAAAAAACUUAAAAAUCAUUUACUACGAUUUUUUUUGUGCUUGCAGAUAGUUUCUUAGUGAGAAGAUUUUUGUAAAGCAUUAAUGAAUCGCUACAUCCAUCAUUCCUGACUUAACUUUCCUUUCUAGCUUUCCCCUAGAGUUUCUUCACUUGAAAUGAUACCUCCAUGCAUCAUUUUCUUCUUUUAUAUUAGCUUCGAUCCUUCGUCUUGAUUAUGGAUGACUCCUGAAUAGAAAUUCAUGGUGAAAACUGCGAAACGCCAGCUGCAGUACUCGGUGUUUGUCAGCCAUUUUGUUUCCACUAGUUCCCAGGGAAGCCCGUGAGUUCAACACAUGCGUAUUCAGCGUUUUAUCGUCACAUGGGCCUUUUCAACCAAUGAAAAGGUGUGAAAAUUGGCUGAUUCCACGCGGGCACUUUCAAGUCAAAGAAGACGAACUGACAGUAAAGCAUGCGUCUUUACAAGGAGACGCUUCUUUUUACUUCAAUUUAAAGUCGUUUUCCUGCCAGGUUCAACAAAAAGUAUUCCUAACGUUGGUAAGUGAUGUUUUUCUCAAUUUGAGUUUCGAUUUACCCGUGUUGUCUCCCCUUUUCGCGUACCUGAACAAGUUGGAUCACAGGCAGACCACCCUCUGUUAGUGGGGGCCGUUGUUGAUUGAAAUCUGAGCGACGAUCUUUUGUUAUUUAUAGAAGAAAUACAUAAGAACAAUACGGUGGCUAUAAUUUGUUCCAAAAUGCAGAAUUUAAAGCAAAUGUUUCAAUAAAAGUUUGAGGAAAAUGUUAACUGAGUCAUGUGUCAUGUUUUUUCGCCGUCCCGUGCUGUUUUAAGCGUUAUUUUGCGAGAUGAAUAUUUGACCUCGGCUUAACACCCCGGGGUCAAAUAUUCACGCAAAAUAGCGCUUAAAACAGCACGGGACGGCGAAAAAACAUGACACAUGACUCAGUUAACAUUUUCCUCAAACUUUUAUUGAAACAUUUGCUUUAAAUUCUGCAUUUUAGAACAAAUUAUAGCCACCGUAUUGUUCUUAUGUAUUUCUUCUAUAAAUAACAAAAGAUCGUCGCUCAGAUUUCAAUCAACAACGGCCCCAACUAACAGAGGGUGGUCUGCCUGUGCUCGUUCGUUUCAAUUCUAAAACGUCAGGUUGUUUUUGUGUUCAUUUGCCUUAAAAUCUCAACUUUUCUGUUUGCAGAUACUUAUUCGUUGCAGUCAAAAAAAAAGUGUAUGGCACUGAAGAGCACGACAUCAGCCAAAAGUCUACACGAUAAGCAAAUUAAGCAAACUUUAACUUGGGGUUUCGAUGAAACUGCUCCAUGAAAAUACUGCAUUUGUGUUGUGUGUUCGUGGUAUUAUAUUGCUAUAGUUUUCAAUUUUUCGUGUCAAAACCCAUUUCUUACCAAUGUAAAAGAUAUUCUCAUUCAUAUGUGUAUACUAUUUUUACUAUUCUGGUGAUUUUUACGAGGGUAUUUUAAACACUACAUUUGCUUGAGCAGAUCAAAACCUACCUGCAAAAAAGACUAUGUCAAUUUUAUGUAAUUUCUGUUUGAACUCUAAUUAAAGGCUGUGUAUGAUGUGCAUGAAGAAAUUUCAGGAGACACUGACACAUAUUUGAAUGUUCUGCAAUGACUGAAUAUUGUAUAUGUAGACUUAUUAAAGUUGCAUUUUAUUCAAGACUUACAUGUAUAUUAACUCUAUUUUCCUAAUAAAUUUGCAGAUUAAGCUAAAAAUAUGGUGCAGAAGUUAUAUGUCUUCAAAUCCCUCUACGAUAAAUAUCAAUUUCCUGUGUAUGACAGGGUGGGAUAGCAGGAUCCCAUCAAUUUAAAUUAACAACCUGCAUUCGAUGCUGCCAGGAAAGGUAGGAUAUCCCAUCUGAUAUCACAGGUGGGAUAUCUUUGAUCCCACCCGGGAUUUCAGGCGGGAUCCCGCGUGGGAUUGGUGGGAUCCUAGUUGGGAUCCCAGGUGGGAUGCCUCCCGGGACGUUCCAUAAUCCCGGGUGGGAUCCCAGGAGGGAUCCCGCCUAUUUCUGGCGGGAUCCCACCUGGGAUUAACCUGGGAUCCCAGGUGGGAUUGGCGGGAUCCCGCCUCACAUUUUUACCUGGGUUGGAUCGGAUCGCACCAGCACUUCUAACCCUACCCUUAACCUCUUGUUGGAUAGAUCCGGUCCAAUCCAGGCUUUGUUUGCACCAUAUUUUGACAGAUUGACAUUGGUAAAAUAACUCUAAGCCCCAUUUGUUCCUCAUCAGGGUGGAUACUGUAUCUUGUUGUAUAAUUGUAAUAUAUUAUUUUGGAGUGUUCCAGGUCUUUUGACAAAGUUUGUAAAUAAGUAAAUGAACAGUAAAUAAAUAAAUCAAUAUUUGUUCCAUUGCCCUUUUUUUUCUAUUAGAGAGCCAAAGUUACUGAUGAGAUUCCAGAGGCCACGGAAGAUUAUUCCAAAGAAUUCAGCAAGUUGACUUCUAAGAAAGAAAAUAACAAGGUUCUAUUUUAUUUUCUUUUUAUGGCAUUCUAACUUACUAUGCCCGUGUAGCAAGGCGUGUCACACACAAAAUUGACAUUCAAAGUAGGUCAUGCCCAACGUUAGCUUGUCCAUAAUAAUACUUUGAAGCUGUUGCCCUACAAGGCUAUUCAGUCAUCAGCUUUCCGUGCUGGUUCCUUUCCAAAGUUUAAUAGUCUUAGCAUGGUUACAUUUUGGGAAACACAACUCUGGGCUCGCGCAACAUAACUUCGGGCAAGGUAAUUUUGGGUUGAGUGGAGUUGUAACUCACUGAACGAACCGCUGUCAGUAUGCCUCAAUACCUUUAGUUUUUUCAGAUGCAUUGUUAAACCUAUCUACCGUGUAGUUAGUUUGGUUUGGCUACGGGCCUGUCCUUGUUUAUAGAAAACUCAUGCAUUGACAGUAACGAUUAUGAAGAAGAACUUGUAAGCUAGGCGUAGUUUCGUCUUAGCAAUACCACUACAGAAUACAGGGCCAUAUUUUAAGGUCUUAAACAGAAGUGGCUCGGUGGCUCCCUAGUCACGACAAGUGUUUAAAGAACGAGAAAGAUAUAAGACAUAUAAGUAUAAGACAGACAUAGAAGGCAUAUACUUUAGUAUGUAUUAUAGCAGAUUAUAGGUAUAUAUUUUAGUGGCUCGGUGGCUCGGUGGCUCGGUGACUCUUCAGUCGAGGUUAUAUAGUUUAGUGGCUCGACGGCUCGGUGGCUCGUUAGUCGGGACUACCGAGCCACCGAGCCACCCCAACGAAUAUGCCUAGAAAAUUUGCCCUGUAUUCUGUAGUUAAGCCAUACCUUUAGUUUUCAGAGGUAUUGGUGCUUCCACCUACCGUGAGUAAAUAUUUUGCUUUGGCUACGGGGCUGUCCUUGUUCACAAAAAACACGAGUGUUCGCAGAAAAGUUGAUAAAAAUGUGAGGAGAGGCUUGCAAGACAUAGUUUUGUCUCACGCAAAUUUGGCCAUCAUUUCAAAAAUUUAAUGAUGUUAAUCCCCCCUUCACGUGUUUUAUUGCAGACUAGUAAAAAGUUAACAGCUGCACAGAAGUCAUUAUCAAAGGUGGACAAAAAAGGAAUGAAGUCAUUAUCGAGCUUUUUUGGAGCUGGAACCAAGAAAACAAAGAAAAGCUAGCAAAGAAGUAGAACUGUUCGUUUUUUGGGAAAAACGAGACCCCUCCUGUUGCUUUGCAUGAGGCCAUGGUACUCUUGCUCUGUCAGUUGCCUCACUUUAGCAAUGUGUGACGGGAGAAACUCUACAGCAACCAAAAACUGGACGAGAUAGUUCCUGUAUUUUCUUUAUUUUACUACAGUAUGAUCAAAAUUUUUCGUGGUACAAACUACCCGUUUGUUGUUGCAAAGUUAAUGUAUAAAUAUGUUGUGGUCGUAUCCUGCGUGUAUAAAAAUUGUGUAAGAUCACGUCAACAUGACCUACUUGGCCGGCCAGAGUAGGCAAAUGCUAAGUGUUUUUGUUUGUUUGGUUGGUUGGUUGGCUAUUUUUGUUAUCUUUUAUUUCCUCAUAUCUUUAUUGUCGGGCUAAUGCUCGGCUUCUAAAGAGGAGGCCAAUUUUCCUCUACCGUGG